AUGCCCAACGGCCUGCCCCGCAUCAUACUAAGCGAUAUCCUACUCCCCAACGCCGAACCUGAUACCUUCCGAACCCUCUUCAAAUGGCUAUACGAGCGCCAACCCCCUGACUACACAACGGACGGGAAAUUGUUAGACCUGAUGAAACUGUGGAUAUUGGCCGGCGAACUCGGGAUCUGGAGGACUCAAAACACCGUUUUGAGGUUGGGUAUGGCGCUGAUGCAACCGAAGUACUUCAUUUGUCGUCUAGACACGGUCAGAUGGGUGUAUGAGAAUACAUGCGCUGGAUCACCGCUGCGUAACUACAUCACCGCGAUUUUCUGCCAACGCGGUCCACCCAUCACGCCCUCUAUGUUCUCACCGGAGAACGAGCAGCUUGGUAUCUUCCGCGACGCAGUAGUAUUCUUACGUACACUGAAUCUAGUUCGCGCAGGCAAUCCGACGGGAACGGGCGGAUACAACCUCCAUGCGCUGUUUUCUAUUCAUGAUUCGUGGUCGCCGGGCGAAGGCGAGCUCGCGCCAGUGCGGGUUCGUGGAUGUUUGGUAACGGGAGGAGAAGAAGUGGAGUGGAUCAAGAUCGAAUAUCCGCUCCCGUCCUUCCUAGUAUGGGGCGCGAAGUGGGAAGUGUUGCCGGACAUGCACUUUGUGAGCCAAGACGGCGUUCGAGCGGCGGCACAAGAUUUGUUGAAGCAGAUCGAGUUUUCGGAUAGAUCGGGCGCACAAAAUAUGUAG